GCGCUGUCACGCACGUCGCGGCAGACCCUGGCACUCCAAGGCCGCGGACAGCGGCACCGCAUCCCACCUGUUGAGCAAAUACAGCAACCCGUCUCUCUCCUUGGGAGAAUCCUCUCCCUUCUCUGAGAACGAAAGAUGGCGAACGGGUAUUCCACAGACAAGUGUUUCCGCUCUCUCAUCUCGUGCUUCAGGGCCAGGAUGAAAAGGUACAUCCAGGUGGAGCCGGUACUAGACUACCUGACCUUUCUGCCUGCAGAGGUGAAGGAGCGGAUUCAGACGAUGGCCGCCACCAACGGGAACAUGCAAGCAGUUGAAGGGCUUCUGAGCACCUUGGAGAAGGGGGUCUGGCCCCCGGGCUGGGCUAGGGAAUUUGUGGAGGCCCUGCAGCGAGCAGGCAGCCCUUUAGCCGCCCGCUACAUGAACCCCGAGCUCACCGACUUGCCCUCUCCAUCCUCUGAGAACGCUCAUGAUGAAUGUCUCCAACUGCUGGACCUCCUUCAGCCCACCCUGGUGGACAAGCUUCUGGUUAGAGAUGUCUUGGAUAAAUGUGUGGCAGUGGAGCUGUUGACACUUGAAGACGGAAAUCGGAUUGCUGCUGCAGCAAAUAAUGGAAAUGAAUCAGGUGUAAGAGAGCUGCUGAAAAGGAUCGUACAGAAAGAAAAUUGGUUUUCUACAUUUCUGACUGUUCUGAAUGAAACGGGAAACGAUGCACUUGUCCAAGAGCUAACAGGCGCCAAUGGCUUCGAAAGCAAUGCAGAAACUGAGAAUUUAUUACAAGAAGAUGGUCCGGAAGUUAAAGAGCCAGUGCUUCUAGCAACAGAUCAGCCAAGUCCAGAGAAGGAUGGCUGUGACAUGGAGAAUAAUGCAUUGGAAUCGUCUUAUGCAGAUUCUUCUGUAGUUUCAGAAUCAGACACAAGUUUGGCAGAAGGAAGUGUCAGCUGCUUAGAUGAAAGUCUUGGACAUAACAGCAACAUGGGCAGUGAUUCAGGCACCAUGGGAAGUGAUUCAGAUGAAGAGAAUGUGGCAGAAAGAGCAUCCCCUGAGCCAGAACUGCAGCUCAGGCCUUACCAAAUGGAAGUUGCCCAACCAGCCUUGGAGGGGAAGAAUGUCAUUAUAUGCCUCCCUACAGGGAGUGGGAAAACCAGAGUGGCUGUUUACAUUGCCAAGGAUCACUUGGACAAGAAGGAAAAAGCAUCCCAACCUGGAAAAGUUAUAGUCCUUGUCAAUAAGGUACCGUUAGUUGAACAGCUCUUCCGUGAAGAGUUCAAUCCAUUUUUGAAGAAAUGGUAUCGAAUUACUAGAUUAAGUGGUGAUACUCAAUUGAAAAUAUCAUUUCCAGAAGUUGUCAAAUCCCAUGAUGUUAUUAUCAGUACAGCUCAAAUCCUUGAAAACUCCCUUUUAAACUCAGAAAAAGGAGAAGAUGCUGGUGUCCAGUUGUCAGACUUUUCCCUCAUCAUCAUCGAUGAAUGCCAUCACACCAACAAAGAAGCAGUCUAUAAUAACAUCAUGAGGCGUUAUUUGAAACAGAAGUUGAAAAACAAUAGACUCAAGAAAGAAAACAAACCAGUGAUUCCCCUACCUCAGAUCCUGGGACUAACAGCUUCGCCUGGUGUUGGAGCAGCGAACAAGCAAGCCAAAGCUGAAGAACACAUUUUAAAAAUAUGUGCCAAUCUUGAUGCAUCUACCAUAAAAACUGUGAAAGAAAAUAUUGAUCAACUCAAAGAUCAAAUAAAGGAGCCAUGCAAAAAGUUUGCAAUUGCAGAUGACACCAGAGAAGAUCCAUUUAAAGACAAACUUCUGCAAAUAAUGACAAAGAUUCAAACUUUUUGCCAAAUGAAUCCAAUGUCAGAUUUUGGAACUCAACCCUAUGAACAAUGGGCCAUUAAAAUGGAAAAAAAAGCUGCAAAAGAAGGAAAUCGCAAAGACCGUGUUUGUGCAGAACAUUUGAGAAAGUACAAUGAGGCCCUACAAAUUAAUGACACAAUCCGAAUGAUUGAUGCAUAUAACCACCUUGAAAGUUUCUAUAAUGAUGAGAAAGAAAAGAAGUAUGCAGUCCUAGAAAAUGAUAGUGAUGAGAGUGGUGACGAUGGUGAUGGAAAGAAACCUUUGGAACUGGAAGAGACAGAUAGAUUUCUCAUGACUUUAUUUUUUGACAACAAGAAAAUAUUGAAAAAGUUGGCUGAAAACACAGAACGUGAAAAUGAAAAACUGACCAAAUUAAGAAACACCAUAAUGGAACAUUAUACAAGGACUGACGAAUCAGCACGAGGAAUAAUUUUCACAAAAACACGACAGAGUGCAUAUGCCCUUUCCCAGUGGAUUACUGAAAAUGAAAAAUUUGCAGAAGUGGGAGUCAAAGCCCACCAUCUGAUUGGAGCUGGACACAGCAGUGAGUUCAAGCCCAUGACACAGAAUGAACAAAAAGAAGUCAUUAGUAAAUUUCGCACAGGACAAAUAAAUCUGCUUAUCGCUACCACAGUGGCAGAAGAAGGUCUGGAUAUUAAAGAAUGUAAUAUCGUUAUCCGUUAUGGUCUCGUCACUAAUGAAAUAGCCAUGGUCCAGGCCCGUGGUCGAGCCAGAGCUGAUGAGAGCACCUACGUCCUGGUUGCCCACAGCGGCUCAGGAGUUGUUGAACGUGAGACAGUUAAUGACUUCCGAGAGAAGAUGAUGUAUAAAGCUAUAGACCAUGUUCAAAAUAUGAGACCAGAGGAGUAUGCUCAUAAGAUUUGGGAAUUACAAAUGCAAAGUAUAAUGGAAAAUAAAAUGAAAAACAGGAGAAGUAUUGCAAAGCAUUACAAGGAUAACCCAUCAUUAAUAAGUUUCCUCUGCAAAAACUGCAGUAUGCUGGCCUGCACUGGAGAAGAUAUCCACGUAAUUGAGAACAUGCACCAUGUCAAUAUGACACAAGAAUUCAAGAAACUCUACAUUGUGAGAGAAAACGAAGCACUGAAAAGCAAGUUUGCAGACUAUCAAACAAAUGGCGAGAUUAUUUGCAAAAACUGUGGCCAAGCUUGGGGGACGAUGAUGGUGCACAAAGGGCUAGAUUUGCCUUGUCUCAAAAUAAGGAAUUUUGUAGUGGUUUUCAAAAAUAAUUCACCAAAGAAACAAUACAAAAAGUGGGUAGAAUUACCUAUCGUAUUUCCCAGUCUUGACUAUUCAGAAUAUUGUUUGUUUAGUGAUGAGGAUUGACAUUUGAUUCAAGCUUCUUUUAAAAUAUUAUCAACUGAACAUUAAUAUGAUUUUGCUUAAUGUUUUUAUUGUACUGCAGAACGGAUGUGAGAAUUAAUAAAGUCAUUGCUUUACUCUGUGUUGAGCUGUAUAGAGGAAGACAGCAUAUUAUGCUUUCAGUUAUCUGUCUUGGUUGUUGGCAAGGGUAAAGAAAAUCUACCAAUAAUACUCAUUAGUGUGGAGCAAUAUAGUACUGUGGGAAGAAUACUGGAGUAUAAUGAGGAUCCAGGGUACCAAUCUCAGUCCUGUCACUGAUUCUCAGAAUAAAAUUAGGCAAGUCAGUUCAUCUUUCUGAACCAGUCUCCUUAUUGGUGAAAUGGUUUUAGUAUUAUCUACCUUUGCUUUUAUUAGUUUUCUAUUGCUGCAUAACAAAUUACCACAAACUUAGUAGCUUAAAACAAUACCUGUUUAUUAUUGCACAUGUUCUGUAGGUCAGAGAUCCGGGCAGCAUCCUCUGCUUAGGAUCUGAGAAGGCUGACAUCAAGGUGUCAGCCAGAUGAUGUUCUCAUCUGGAUGCACUUGGGGAAAAGUCACUUCCAAGCUCUAUCAAGUUGUUGGCAGAAUUUGUUGUCUUACAGCUGUAUGACUGGGAUUCCUAUAUUCUUGCUAGUUGUCCACUGUGGAUCACUCUGAGCUCUUAGGGCUGCCCUCACCGUGUGGCCUGCUCACAGGCCCUUUCACACCACAGCUAUUUGCUUCUUCAAGGCCUACGGGAGAGUUUCUGUCUCAAGUCUGUGAUAUCUCAAGUCUAAGAUGAAGUCUUAACUGUGAUCACAGCAGCGACUGUCCCGUCAUCUUCAUAGGUCCUGCCCACAGUCAAGGUCAGGGGAGUUUUCAGGGCAUAUACAGCAGUAGGCAGAAAUCCUGGGGGCCAUCUUAGAAUUCUGCCUCCCACACCACUUGCCCAGUUUUAGUGAUUAAGUGACAUAUAUGUAUAUCUGAAAGCACUCUGAAAAAUAUGAAGCACCAUAAAAGGCGAGGUGUUAUGAGGCAGCAGCAUCAGUUAGCUUAAGGCUGACUUUCUCAGGCUUCCCUCCAUGAACAUUACACUAUGCUCAAAAACUACCUAGCAACAGGAAUUGUGGCUAAAUCUAGACUAGUUUUAACACGUACAAGAUUACCUGUGUCAGUGGAGAUGUCCAGGGUUCACACAGGAUUUAGCUGGGAGCAGAUGCUGGGUGUUAUUAGAGACUAAAGAGAAAAUGUCAACCUCUACCCCUCUCCAGGCAGAAGAGUAACUUCUCUGUGGCUGUGACAUUUUCAGUGUUUCUGAAGUAAGUAUGAUCAUUUAGAGAUAGACACAGGGCCAAGCAUUACAGAACAUUCUCCCAAGUAGACAAGUAGCCUCUUUUGGAAUGGAAGAGCCAUAUGAUCAAGACAGAGCCACACUUGACCAUUUUAAGCCAUACUUUUCGAGUCUCACAGAUGGCCUGCUCCAGGGAAACUGUUACCUCUUAUGACUUAGGGGAAGCAAAAUGUUGGAGGGAAUGAAAAGAAAAUUCUUCUGUGGUUUGAUGGAUUAAUUAAGUUCAAUCUAACAGCAGCUUCAAAUCUUUACUUGAUAAGACCUAAGCGAAGAUGACUACUAACCACUCAGAGCUCUUGGGAAUGCAAGAGGACAAAAGAAGAUUAUAGUUUUCUUAAAAUACUUUUUAAAACUCCAGCUGACUCCAUUUAAAGUAUUGCUAUCUUCUAGAAUGUUUUGGAAACUAUGCAAGAAACUAAAUGUAUAAAAUAGCUAAAUGUACUACUAUAACAUAUGUACACUGUUUUUGAGCUGUCAACAAAUAUCAGGUUUUUUCGUCUAUGUUUUCCAGUAAUUUUUUUCAAUAAAGAAGAGUUAUUUCUACUUCAAA